GGGCCGCGCGCGGCGGUGUUUGAAUGGCUCUGAGUGGGGCCCGGCUUGGGAUCCGGAGGACGCUCUGAGCUGCCGGGCGCGGUUCGUCAGCACAGUGCCCGGGCUCAGGCGCUGCGGUACCAUGAGGCACCGGCACUUAAGAGAUUAUGGCAUUUGAUACUCACCAUGUUAAAAAACGGAACUUCUCUAAUAGUAUUGAUCUUCCUAGAAAGAGGAUCUCUAAUUUCACCAGGAAGAACAUGAAGGAGGUUAAGAGAUCUCCAAAACAGUUGGCUACUUACAUAAGUAGAACAGUUGGACAAGCAGUGAAAAGCCCAGAUAAACUUCGCAAGGUGCUCUACCACAGAAAGUUAGUUCGUCAUUCCUUCCCAAAUCUUUGUUACAGAACUAAGCAGUCCCCUAACAGUGGGGGCUGUGACAUGGCAAAUAAAGAAAAUGAACUGGCUUGUGCAGGCCAUCUACCUGAAAAUUUACGACACGAUGGUCGGACAUUUGUGAUUAACACCAGUGAUUCUGGGUCUUCACAGACAGAAAACCCAUCAUCAAAAUAUAGUGGUUUCUUUUCUGAGGUUUCUCAGGACCAUGAGACAAUGGCUCAGGUUCUAUUCAGCAGGAAUUUGAGAUUGAAUGUAGCUUUGACUUUCUGGAGAAAGAGAAGUAUAAGUGAACUUGUAGCUUAUUUAGUGAGGAUAGAAGACCUUGGAGUUGUGGUAGAUUGCCUUCCUGUUCUAACCAAUAGUUUACAGGAAGAAAAACAAUAUAUUUCACUUGGCUGCUGUGUAGACUUAUUUCCUCUAGUAAAGUCUUUACUUCAAAGCAGAUUUGAAGAAUAUGUAAUUGUUGGCUUAAACUGGCUUCAAGCAGUAAUAAAAAGGUGGUGGUCAGAACUCUCAUCUAAAUCAGAAACUAUAAGUGAUGGAAAUAUUAAAAUUUUAAAGCAACAGUUGAAUGGAUUAUGGGAACAGGAAAACCAUCUUACUUUGGUUCCGGGAUAUACUGGUAAUAUAGCUAAGGACGUAGAUGCUUAUUUAUUACAGCUGCAUUGAGAGAUUUCAUCUUCUAAAGAGUAUUUGGUUAUUCAGACAGCGCUGGAUUAUAUGAUUUCCAAAAGUAGGUCUCUCCUGAGAACCGAGAACUGUGGAAGAAAUAAAACCAUUUUUUUUUUCUUUUAAAAAGCCACAUAAUAAAACCACUAAUGAAAUCCUAACAAUCUACUUCACAUUGAAGUGGAAAUAUCCAGAAGGAGCGGCUUCAACUUCAAUGAGGUGAAAGUGCACUAUGAAGACUGUUUGCCCUUGCUGCAUGCAGAAUUAAAUGGCCAUUUGGUAGCGCUGUUUAAGAACUACUGGGUCUUAACUCAGUCCUGCAUAAGAAUAUGAUUUAUAGUAUGUAAAAAUAAGAUAGGACUUAUUUAUUAUCAGGAACUAUAAAGACCAAUCAUUAAAAUUUUUAUUGUGUUUUAU